AUGGCUACAGUAUCGGACUCGGAUCAAUCGUUGGAUUUAACCCUCACCCCAUGCGCCCUCUGCAACCAAGUUUCGGAAGAAAAUGAAGGUAUGGUUCACUGUGAUUCUUGUAAAGGCUGGUUCCACUACCGUUGCGUCGGAGUGUCUGACGAUGUCAAGAAGGAGAAAAUGUGGUUCUGUAGCGCGGUAGCGUGUCAACAAGCUUAUUCUGAGUACCUGAAAAAACAAGAGGUUGCAGCGAAAAGGAAGAAAACGAAAAAGGAUGAUGUAUCAGCUAAAUCGGACAGCAUCGCUCACACACUUGAAAAUCGGAUGAAGGAACUUGAACGACAAGAAAAGGCUAAGGAUGAUGAGCUGGAAAUUGAAACAGCUUUGCGGGUGCGAAAAUUAGCUCUGCAAAAGGCUCGUCGUAUGAAGCAGCUUGCAAUCGAAAAUGAUUUAAGGAAAAUGGAAUUGGAGCAGGAAGAAGAACUAAACGCCAAGGCCUUGAAAGAAAAAGAAGAUCAUUUAGCAAAAUUGGAAGAAAUGCGCGCAUCAUUUUCGUCGAAACUAACUGUAGUUCAAGGCAAAAUUGAUAGACUGAAUGAUAGUUUGCACGAAAGUAAGGAUGGAAUGAAACACAAAGCGCAGAAACUAAAGCUUGAGAAAAAACCCAAGGCGCGUGCAAAAUUUGAUCAACAAAAUAGCGAUACUGAAUGGACUUCAUUCGGGGAUUCUAAUUGUACUGAUUCUUUAAGUGAGAGCAGCGAUACAGAUAUUUCUACCGAAAUCGAAAAGGAGUCGAAGGACAGGAAACAUGACAAGUCCAACGGGCUGGGGCCCCAACCCUCUCAGGCACAAUUGACGGCCAGAAGCGGAAUUAGUCGGAAGUUACCUAUAUUCACAGGAAAAGCGGAAGAAUGGCCGCUGUUUAUAAGCAGUUUUAAGUCAUCUACCAUAGCUUGCGGCUACACUGAGGUAGAAAACUUGGUGCGUUUACAAGAAAGUAUACAAGGAGACGCGCUCGAAAAUGUUCGUGGUCAACUUUUAUUUCCCAAGUCGGUCCCAAAGGCGAUUAAAAAGCUGCGUCAACUGUAUGGGCGUCCAGAACAGCUUCUUCGAUUCUAUUUAGACAAAGUUCGGCAAUUGGAAUCUCCUAAGGCUGACAAAUUACAUACGUAUAUUCCCUUCGGUAAUGCCGUUGAGCAAUUAUGUGAGCACUUGGAAGCCGCAGAAUUGAAAGAACACUUGUUGAAUCCGAUUCUUAUUCAAGACCUUGUCGACAAGCUUCCUGCGAGUGACAAACGGGAGUGGGUGCGUUAUAAAAAACGAAAACACAGCGCAGACCUACGCGUUUUCAGUAAAUUCCUGUCCCGAAUUGUAGAUGAAGCAUGCGAAGCUAGUGUUUCAUUUCAUUCCAAAGCCGAUUCCAAGAUUUCCGGUAACGCGAGGAAUAAGGAGAGACUAUUCAGUCAUGAUAUAGCUCAAGAAGAGGAACCUUGUGAACUGCCAACUAGUGAUCCGCCAGCGCGCGAUCAGUCGACCACCAACCUGAAACCGUGCAAAGUAUGCAAAAGCUCAAAUCACCGUCUUCGUGACUGUCAAGAGUUUAAAGAGAUGAGUGUUUUACAACGAUUGGAAUUAGUAGAAAAGUGGAAACUAUGUCAUGUAUGCCUGAACGAUCACGGGAAAUCAUGGUGCAGAUUCAAAAUUAGAUGUGAUAUCGGAGACUGUCGAGAACGCCACAACCCGCUGUUACAUAAAUCAGUUCGUAGAGUCGUCAUGAAUACACAUUUCCGUUCAAACUCUUCAAUUCUAUUCCGCGUCAUUCCGGUCGUUUUACACUAUGGUCGAAAAUCAAUAAAAACAACAGCCUUUCUAGACGAUGGAUCGUCUGCAACACUGGUCGAGCAGUCACUAGCGGACGAGCUAGGAGUUGUCGGUCAAAAGGAGCCUCUUACCAUUACUUGGACAGCUGAUGUGUCACGCGUCGAAGAAAAUUCGAUGCGGAUGAAUCUUAAAAUAUCGUCUUGUGAUGAUAAUGAGCUUUGGUGUUUAAAUGGUACUCGCACAGUGGGAGAGUUGAAACUACCAAAACAAUCCAUGUGUUUCGAAGAUCUGACUGAAAAACAUGCUCAUCUCCGUGGUUUACCCAUUCAAUCCUACAGCGGAACCUGUCCGGGUUUGCUCAUAGGGCUAAAUAAUUUGCAUCUAAUGGCUCCACUGGAAACAAAAAUGGGUGGCAUAGGAGAUCCUAUCGCUGUUCGAUCUAAGCUUGGUUGGGCAAUUUACGGUCCGGUUGGUAAGCAACAUAUUUAUGGCGAUUCCGAAUUUUUUGGCGUUCACGUGGAAGUGAGCAACGAAGAGCUGCAUGACCUCAUAAAAUUACAAUAUACCAUAGAGGAAGCUACUGUGCCGGUUGUGCGAGAAUCUCCAGAGGAUGUACGAGCUAGACAAAUUCUCGAGAGUACCACUAUUCGAGUUGGUGACAGGUUCGAAACGGGCCUGUUGUGGAAGACGGACGACCCGAAAUUUCCUGACAACUAUCAUAUGGCGGCACGGCGAGCAAAACAGUUGGAACAUCGCUUGCUAAAAACUCCUGAUCUGUUCGCAAAUGUUUGUCAGCAGAUAAAAGAGUAUCAGGAAAAGGGCUACGCUCAUGAGGCGUCAUCUGAAGAAUUAUCUUCAUCGUCGCCGAACAAGUCCUGGUAUCUUCCGCUAAAUGUGGUCCUGAACCCUAAGAAACCAGGAAAAGUACGCCUAGUGUGGGACGCAGCUGCAACCGUAUCCGGAAUAUCUUUAAAUUCACAACUACUCAAAGGUCCAGACAUGUUAGUGUCUUUACCAGCUGUCAUAAACAGAUUUCGAGAACGUCGAAUCGCGUUUGGUGCGGACAUACGCGAAAUGUACCACCAACUACAAAUUCGGAAACAAGAUCGACAGGCCCAGCGUUUUCUGUUUCGAGCCGAUCCGAAUAAACGGUUCAAAACUUUUAUCAUGGACGUCGCGACCUUUGGCUCCACUUGCUCGCCUUGCUCAGCCCAGUUUGUUAAAAAUCGCAAUGCUGAAGAGUUUGUCAAACAAUACCCCGAAGCAGUGGCAGCCAUAACCGGUAACCACUACGUGGAUGACUACUACGACAGCGCUGAUACCGAAGAUCAGGCAGUAGAGCGAGCAUUGCAAGUGAAGUAUAUCCAUUCAAAGGGAGGAUUCGAGCUUCGGAACUGGGUGUCAAACACCCAUGAAGUUCUUAAACGCGUGGGAGAACCAAAAGCUGAGCAGAUUGUCCAUUUCAACCAAGAUAAAGCUUCUGAUACUGAACGUGUCUUAGGAAUCAUAUGGGAUCCAGAAGAAGAUGUUUUCUCCUUUUCCACUGACCAUCGAGAAGACAUCAAAGAGUAUCUGGAGAACAUUAAAAAACCGACAAAACGAGUAGUAUUGAGUUGCGUGAUGGGAUUUUUCGAUCCGUUGGGACUUCUGGCGCCAUUCACCGUACAUGGCAAAACGCUGAUCCAGGACCUUUGGCGUAGUGGAUGCGACUGGGAUCAGGAAUUAAGCAGUGAAUGUUUUGGAACGUGGAAGCGAUGGAUUGAUCUUCUUCCUCUGGUGAGAACUAUCCGCAUUCCCAGAUGUUACCUUGGUCAAAUUCAUUCAAACGAUGUCACGUCAUUGGAUCUUCACGUUUUUACUGACGCUAGCGAAACCGCAUACGGAUGUGUUGCAUACUUCAGGGUUACAUGGGCAGGAGGAAUCAAAUGUUCUCUUGUUAUGGCGAAAUCAAAGGUUGCACCGUUGAAGCAACAGUCGAUACCUCGUUUGGAAUUGAUGGCAGCGGUACUUGGAGCAAAAAUGCAUCAGAUAAUCAAACAAAAUCACAGUUUCACCAUUCAUAAAUGCUAUUUCUGGACAGAUUCACAGACAACACUCAGCUGGAUACGAUCUGACCAACAUAGGUUUAAAACAUUCGUUGCGUUCCGGAUAGGCGAAAUUCAAGAAUCGACUAAUAUUUCUGCUUGGCACUGGGUACCCAGUAAACAGAACAUAGCGGAUGCCCUGACGAAGUGGGGACAAGGACCUCCACUUGAUUCGAAGAGCGCCUGGUUUAAUGGCCCGGAAUUUCUCUACGAACCUGCUGAUCAGUGGCCGAAACAAGAAUGUUCUACGGAUGUUGUGGAGGAUGAAUUGAAAUCAGUUUAUGUAUUAGUACACGAAGCGAGUUCAACGAAGAAGGUGGUAAUGGUUGAUGACAUAUCAACGUGGAAACGCGUACUCCGCAUUACAGCUACAGUUUAUCGAUUUAUAUGUAACAUCAAAAGAAAGAGGGAAGGUCUACCUAUGUUGGUCUCAAAGGCUACCGAAAAUCAAGCAAAAAUGCUUAAAGCUAAGUUGAAAACCAACCAGUGUCCGUUGCAAAGGGAAGAAUUGAUCAAAGCAGAAACAAUCCUUUGGCAACAAGCUCAAUACGAGGCGUUUCCAAAUGAAGUUCGAAUACUAAAGAAUAAUUUAAAACGAAAGGAAAAUGAGUCCCUGCAGCAACUGGAGAAGUCCAGUGUGUUGUAUAGGUUGACUCCAGUGAUCGAUGACAACGGUGUCAUGCGCAUGGGCGGUAGAAUGGAGCAAGCCGAGCACAUUCCCUUUGACACCAAGUUCCCUAUUAUAUUGCCGAAAGAUAAUUUAAUAACCACCAGACUAUUACAGUUUUUCCACGAGAAGUGUGGACACGGGAAUAAAGAAACUGUUUACAACGAAGUCUGCCAAAAAUUUUGGAUUCCUAAGUUGCGAGUGGCUAUUCAACAUAUCAUGCGCGAAUGUAUGUGGUGCAAAGUCUAUCGAUGCAAGCCAGAAAUACCUCGAAUGGCUCCACUUCCGGUCCAACGACUCUCAGCAAAGCUUGGUCCCUUUAGUUCAGUGGGGAUAGAUUAUCUUGGUCCUUUGGAAGUUACUGUUGGCCGACGCAAAGAAAAAAGAUGGGUUGCCGUAUUCACAUGUUUGGCGGUGCGAGCAGUACAUAUGGAGAUCAUCUACAGUUUAUCGACCCAAUCAUGUUUAAUGGCUAUUCGAAGAUUCAUCAGCAAGCGUGGAACACCCGAGGAGAUAUUUUCGGAUAAUGGUACCAACUUUUUGGGAAGCUGGAAUCAGAUGCUGAAGUCGAUCGAUUACGAAUGUGCUGAGAAAGUGACCAGUCCUAAAACAAAAUGGCAUUUCAUACCACCGGGCACCCCUCAUAUGGGAGGAGCAUGGGAGAGGAUGGUCCGGUCGGUGAAGGAAGCUCUGAAGGCGUUUAGUGACGGACGAAAGUUGACGGACGAAAUCUUAAUUACAGCGCUAUCGGAGGCGGAAGAUCUGAUCAACUUUCGACCCCUUACAUACAAAUCGCAGGAAACAACGGGCUCGGAAGCGCUCACUCCCAAUCAUUUUCUUCGUGUUGUGAAACCUAUUGAUAUGGAAGGAGACGAAGUUGAGGUGGCAGAUGCUUUACGAGACAUCUACAAGAGAUCCUUGUAUUUGGCAGAUCAACUAUGGCAGAGAUGGUACAAAGAGUAUUUACCGACUAUCAACAAAAGAACCAAAUGGUUUGAAGAACGUCGAACACUGAAGAAGGACGAUUUGGUGUUUAUAGUCAACGGAAAAAACAAAAAGCACUGGAUCCGAGGAAUAGUCGAGGAAAUUUUCGCGGCUCCAGAUGGAAGAGUACGACAAGCUCUAGUCAGAACAAACGUCGGGGUUCAUCGGAAAUCCGUAGCAAAUUUGGCUGUUCUAGGAGUAAAUCCGAAUGUUAUGUAG